UUUGUGGCAAAAAACCGUCGAUUUAAGCCGCGAUUUUCCUCUCAUAAGUCUCUGUCUUUACUCUCCUCAGAUUCGAAGCACAAAGAAGGAAGAAAAUGGCUUCUACGUCAGUGGUUCACUCAUCUUCGUCAGCAUCUUCGAACGAGACCGAUUCUCGAAUCCAAAUCGCGGAGUUAAAUGAGCACAUGUUGUCGUUUAUGUACAAAAUGGAAGACAUUCAGUUCUCUCCUAAGAUAAAUACCAAGUGUUACCCGUCGGAGACAAUAAAAAAACUGAAAGACUUGUUAAGCCCUGAAGAAUGGAGGUAUUUCAGUCAUGAGUCGCAGUUUCAGCAUUUGUUUCACAUGCAAUUUGAUGGCACGCUGAAGAUGGCUCCAGCAGCAUUCCUGAUAAACCAUUGUGUCAAUGCGGAGGAUGAAAAUGAAUUAUGGUUUGUUCUAAAUGGUGUGCCCAUUAGAUACUCCAUCGUUGAACACGCUCUCAUAUCCGGAUUGAAAUGCGGUGAGUAUCCGGCUGGAUGGGAAUAUAUGAGGAAAAGCCAGUUUAGAGUGAAGACUUUUGGAAAUCGAAAGGUAUCUAAGGAGAGUGUAAUAAGACAUCUCGAGAAGACACCAACUCAAAGGGCUGCUGAUAGGAAGAAACUGGCUGUUAUCAUGUUGCUCGGUGGAAUACUGGAUCAUGGCACCACAGAUGAGUUUAUAAACCAUGAUUUGGUGGAUAUGGUGGAUGAUUUGGCUUUCUGUGAGAGAUUUCCAUGGGGACGCUACACAUUUGAUAGAAUGAUUGAUCAAGUAAGAAAGAGUUUCGGAAGUGGAGGGCCAAAGAAGAAAUGGCACUGUCGUGGGUUUAUAAUCCCUCUUAUGUUGCUUCCUUUCGAAUGCAUAUCAAAUUUGGGUGCCAACGGGAUGUACAAAGACGUCGAGGGAGCGGAUCCGACGUGUCCCAGAAUGUGCAAGAAGUCUGUCAAAGCAAAUGUUAGAUGGAGUUUCAAGACUGUUAUAGACCAGAUUGGCACUAAAGCAAAGGGAAUUAAGAGCAUUCUUAAGAAGGAAGCGACAGAAGAAGCUCUUCUUUUUGAUGUAGAGGAUCUCGAUGGAAGUGAAGAUCCAACGGUUAAAGUAUGGAUGCAAUAUCUUGAGAGGAAUCCGGAGAGGGGGGCAGACAUAUCUGUGUCUUCAUUGGUUUUGGCAGCCGAUUCUUUGUCAGAAGAUUCAGCUGCUGUAUCAUCGUCGUCGGUUCCCUCACCCUCUUCGCCAUUGGAGGUCGAGGCAGAGGCAGAGGUCGAGGCAGAGGUAGAGGCAGAGGCAGAGGCCGAGGCAGAGGCAGAGGCAGAGGUAGGGGCAGCGGCAGAGGUCGAGAUAACACUGCCCAGGAGGAUGUUGCUGGGGAAGACGACGAUAAGGAAGAAGCUUCUGAGGAUGACAUUGUUGCGGUCGAGACUGAGAAAGGAAUUCUGCAUUCGUCAAGUGAAGAGAAGGUAUUUGUAUGGAAUCCAGAGCGUGUCAACCCGCGUGGAGGUCUCAUCAGGAAUCCAGGAUUUGUAG